UAAGUGUCAACAAAAUAAACGUGAUAGAAAAACUCAAACAAGACAAGACAGGAGAUUAAUUCAUAUCCGGAAGACGAACCGUUCACGUGGUGUGAUAAUUCAUUAUGGUGGACAGUAUUUACCGUACACGCUCUCUUGGUGUAGGUGUAGUUGGUCUUCCUGAUCAGUAUGCCGACGGUAAAGCAGCGAAAGUGUGGCAGCUGUACAUCGGAGACACUCAAAGCAGGACAGAGGAGUACAAGUGCUGGUUGCUGUCCCUGCUCAGAAAACAUGGGGUACAGAAGGUGUUGGAUGUGGCCUGCGGCACAGGGGUCGAUUCCAUCAUGUUGGUAGAAGAGGGAUUUAAGGUGGUUAGUGUGGAUGCCAGUGACAAAAUGCUUAAAUAUGCUCUUAAAGAGAGAUGGGAGAGGAGAAAAGAGCCUGCCUUUGAUAACUGGGUAAUUGAGGAGGCCAACUGGCUAACGUUACCAGAAGAUGUUAAAAAACCUGGAGAUGGGUUUGAUGCAGUAAUCUGUCUAGGCAAUUCAUUUGCUCAUUUACCAGACUUCAAAGGGGACCGGAGUGAUCAGAAGCUUGCCUUACAAAACAUAGCCAGCAUGGUGAAACCUGGAGGGAUCCUAAUCAUUGACCACCGUAACUAUGAUUACAUCCUUGAGACUGGCCAAGCACCCCAAGGAAAGAAUAUUUACUAUAAGAGUGACCUAAAACAGGACAUCUCCACCUCAGUGCUGUGGGUCAAUAGCAAGCCUCACAUGAUCACACUGGACUACACUCUAGAACUGCCUCAACCAGUGGAUGUUCAGUCUCCACCUGAUUCAAGUAAAUUCCGCCUGUCAUACUACCCCCAUCGUUUGGAGAGUUUUAAGGAGAUUUUAAGAUCAUCAUUUUUGGGAAAAUGCGAGCUCAAUGUAUAUGGAGACUUCGAGCAAUACACCCCAGGGCAAGGAGAGGUGCCCUGUUAUUUCAUUCAUGUGGUUAAAAAGACUACUUAAAGCCAUUUUUAAAGCCAUUUGGUUGUGAAAAUUUGUCUGUGCAAAGAGAGAGAAAAAAUAAAAAAUAAAACAAGGGCUUGCAUGACAUGAUUUUAGUUAUUUUGCUUUGUAGGGGAUUAUGUUUUUCUCUUUUUAUUUACUGUUUCGUAUUACACAUUUUUAAGCAUGUGUAACAUUUAACAUUUAACAUUACAGAACUCUGCUGAAAGCAUAUCACACAGAAUGUGUUUUUGUGUUUCUCUGUGCUGCCUAGUUAUUAUUU